UUAUUACAGUAGUGUGACUCUGGGUGGCGUGUGUUCCUGUUCUUGAGAGACAGUAAGAGUGGGAUGUACUUAAGGGGGUAAUACUGUAGUGUUUUCCCUCAACAGUUUCAGGGAAUAUGUGUUUUAUAUUAAAGCUUGAUCAAAUAAAAAAGAAGGGAGUCUCUAUUUUUCUGAAAAAAAUAUAGAGGAUUGUGAGGAUGAUUACACUAUAAUUCACCAUGCCUGAUAUAAGCAGUAUUUAUAAUGAAUGGUCUAUUUUCUUAUGAAGCCUGUUUGAUGUUUAGAUAUCAUUCGAAUCAGGAUUCUGUAUAAUGGACUCUUACACAUUUACAGUCUAGCCCAAAAAAAAAGUCCUUCACUGAUCAGCUGAGGAAUGAGGGUGAAUCAGGUGGGUUCAGUGAGGGCGUGCAUUGCAGUGGUCCUGCAGGUGGAGCAAAACACGAUACACGCAGUUGUAAAUCUAUUGCUUUUUAAAAAAAAAUAGUUACUUAUAUAUUUUUAAUGAUUUGAAGACAGAGGUGUGCACAUGCAUGCAUAUUGUAUGUUGUCUAACGUUCAAGAAUAACGCCAGCGUCCAAGGUGUUCAUGACAUCACAGACGUUGCACGCAGUCACGAGCUGGAGCCCGUCUCUCUCAAGAACUUGGGGUGUAUUGAAAUCUCGGUUUUUCAUUCUUCAUCCCAAGUGGUCGUAGGUACAGUGGGAAGACAGGGGACAGCUUCGUGGGUUGUAUAGUCCAGAUUUUCUUCGCAUUGGGUCCGACGGAAGCGUCUAUUUCCAGGCACGCGCGUGCGCUGAAUCUAGGGAAACGAGCGCGCGCGUGAUGCUAACGGCAUAUCGGCCGUGGUCUUUCUGCACAGGCGCCACCGGUCAUCGGGAAUGAUUUCCUACAUCAUCUGUCCCUAAGCUUCAAGUCAAACUAACCAAAACGAGAGAGGAGCCAUCUGUGUGAGGACCAAGUCCCAAGAUGAUGCGCUGGAGGAGCGGAUGAACGCGCCUCUCCGUUAUUCCUUGUUAUUGCCACCCCGCGGAAGGAUGGGAUACUCGGACCCGACGGCCAGCCGCGACUUGCUGGGAAAUAGAUCUCUCUGUUUUAUUUUCAUCUGCGCUUUUGGCGUGGUCACACUGCUGCAGCAGAUCCUCUAUGGAAAGAACUAUAUUAAGAGCACGCAACAGUUUACCCGCCUCAAAGGAGAGGAGGUGGGCAACUGGAGCGGCCUCGUUAGUUACCCUGAUGAUGGAGGGAUGAAGCAACCUGCCAGAAUUGGGAGGAAAAGAUGCGUCCGUCAGAAUUUUCAGCACUCAGAGAGCUCCAUAGUUAUCACGCCCUGCCUAGCUGAUAUUAAGAAGAGAAAAAAAGAAAAGAGAAGGUAUCUGGAGAGCUCUAAUGGACCACUCCUGUAUAACACCACCACCUGCAAAGAACUGCGCCAAGAAAUCACAGACAUCAAAGUGCUGUCCAUGGUGAAGACAUCAGAGUUGUUUGAAAGAUGGAGAAAUUUGCAGGCUUGUUCAUGGGAACAGAACAAAGAAGAGACCAGCAAUUUCAAGAUGUCUCUGUCACGGUGCUGUAAUGCGCCCUCCUUCUUGUUUACGACGCAGAGGAACACGCCGUCCAGCACAAAACUGCGCUAUGAAGUUGACACCAGUGGCAUUCUGCACAUAAGCCCUGAGAUAUUUAAAAUGUUUCCGGAGGACAUGCCUUACUCUAAAUCACAGUUCAAGAGGUGUGCUGUGAUCGGGAACGGAGGAAUAAUUAAAAACAGCAAAUGUGGGAAAGAGAUUGACUCUGCUGACUUUGUCUUUCGAUGUAACAUUCCUCCUAUUUCUGAGAAGUAUGCAGUAGAUGUAGGAAGUAAGACUCAUCUGGUUACCAUCAACCCAAGCAUCAUCACAGAGAGGUUCCAGAAACUGGAGAAGUGGCGACGGCCAUUCUAUGAUGUCCUGGCAAGCUACGAAAAUGCAUCUGUAGUGCUGCCAGCCUUUUAUAAUGCACGCAAUACUGAUGUGUCCUUUCGUGUCAAGUAUGCACUGGAUGACUUUGGUGCCUCCACUGCACGUGGUGUUUUCUUCUUCCACCCACAGUACCUCCUGGGUGCCCAGCGUUUUUGGGCAGCGCAGGGUAUCCGUGCCAAACGCUUAAGCAGUGGCCUUAUGCUGGCCACAGCAGCACUUGAACUGUGCCAGGAAGUGCACCUCUACGGUUUCUGGGCAUUCCCUAUGAACCCAGCAGGCAUAUUUGUUACGCACCACUACUACGACAACGUCAAACCACGCCCGGGCUUCCAUGCCAUGCCGCACGAGAUCUUCAACUUCCUGCACAUGCAUGCCCGUGGAAUCCUGCAUGUGCAUACGGGGGAGUGCAGGUGAUGGCAUUCAUCAUUGAACCUGCCAUUUGGUUAGCCAAUCUUUUUUUUUCCAAGCAAGGCGCUUCCAGUUUAAAGUCAGUUGUGUCAAACUCAAAAUGAGCUUCUGAGUGUGUUUGCAUGUGAAAGACAAUAUUCUUCAGAUGUGCUAGUCUGGUUUCCACUGAGAUGACUUCUGAUCCGGUUGAGUGAAUUCAAGCCAGGGGUCGGAUUUAGUGUCUGAAACACAAUAUCGUUGUCUUUAAGGGCAACUGUUUUGUUUCAAGCUAUGUUUUUGAUAUAAAUUACAUCAAAUUUGGUCUGUGCUGUCACUACCUGGUGCUUGUUUUGUGCAAGGUAUUUUGUGCAGUUGUUUUUUUUUUUUUGUGAGAAACAUCGAAACACUGGUUUUCUGACUAUUUUGUGAAAGGGCCACAUAUCCUCAAUAAGCCUAAAUAUGUCUCAUGCCAACAGCAAAAAUAUUUAUCACAGAAAUAUAAAUUGCUUAUUAUUGUCAUGAACAAAGUAUUAAUAAUUCAUGUAAGUGCUUUUCUCUUCAUUAGAUACUUUUCCGAAACUGUAGACUGGUUGUAAUAAAGUACAUAGUCUCAAAGACAGAAUUUUUUUUUGCAUAGACAGAGACUUUUUUUCUUGACAUAAAAAGCCAAAAAUAGUCUAAGCCGCACUGUAUUUACUUUGGCACUUGGGUGAACUAAACUAAAUGAGUCUUGAACUGAAGGACCUUUUCAUAGUGUUUGGACUGGAUAUGAUAAUGAUGUGAAUAUAUCAUUUUAUAUAUAGGAAUAAUAAAAACACAAAUGUCAUGAUCUCUUCUGUAUAAUUUAUUCACAAGUGUCUACAAAUGUAUUAGCAUAACAAUGAGGGGAUAUAAUCUCACUUUACAGUUGUUGGCUUUAAACAGUUAAAAUGUAAAUAUAUAUAUAUAUAUAUAUA